AUGGAGGAGGGAACACAAAGACAUGAAUUGAAAGAUGUGUUUGAGAGAACCGAUCCGAAGUGUCUGAACAAAGAAUUUGUGAACGAGACGAUACAGAGGAUGAGGAAGACGUGUGUGAUAGAGCCUGUAGAGAUUGCAAGGGCGAUAUUGUAUCUUGCGGAUUUUCCAGAGAAGGACUGGGACUUGGGAGGGAUAGUUGGGUCGAUCAAGAGCAAUCUUGAAGAGAUGAACUGGCGGGAUGUGUAUUUGUGUCUUGCUGAGUUGAAGUUUGGAGUUUGGACGCAUGAGUCGCUUUAUCUGAUUAUUGAUUGUUGGAUGCAUGUGAGUGGAAUCAACACGAUGCCUUAUGAGAUUUUUUUUAGCAGAUGGAAUGACGAGAAGGCGCAGGUGAAUUUUCUGCGGUUGAUUAUUGAAGGGGAUGAGAGACGUGUGCAGCUUUAUUCGAAUGUGUUUUUCCGACGGAUAGUUGCGUCUGAUGAAUCUCGGGGGCAUCGGUUCAAGAAUGUGGUGGCAUAUGAGAGUAUGUUUAAUUGUGUGCAGCUGUUUGAGUGCAUUGGGAUGCUUGAAUCUGUGGAGCUGAUUGAGUUAAUAGCAAGGAAGUCACCUGAGUGGUGUGUGAUGGGGCUUGGACAUAUACAGCCGAUGUUUAUGAAAAUUUUUGACGAUCUUGUGUUAGGUUUUGCACGUGGGGCACCGAACAGUUUUGUGCUGCACAUUUUGUUUAAGAAUCACGGAAGCCUGAUGUUACAGAAGGCAGUGAUGCUGCAGAGGGAGGGAGUAGCGAUAUCUAAGAUACUGGAUGUGUUUCUUGAGAAUAAGAUGUUGCCAGCGGUUUCUGAGCUGCUUGAACCGGUAGAACUUUGUUUUGAUAUUCUUGUGCUGAGCUCUGUGCGAGAUCAUUUGAACCUGACGAUAUGGCUGUCGAACAAUCUGACGACACGGAGGGAUGAGUUUGUGAAGUUGGUUGUGAGGUAUCUUGGAAUGAAGGUGGCGAGGUCGAGAGAGGUUGAUAAGAUGUUUCCAUUGACAAUAGAGAUAUUUGGUACGUUUAUGAGGAUAACGGAGCAGUUUAUGAAGAUCCUGAAGCCUGAGACAGUGAUGAUUUACAAUGAGUUUAAGCAAGGACUGCCUCAGGGAUUGAGGAUGCAGAAGACAAGAGACAUGAAGGUUGAGGAGGAAGCAAGUAAUUUUAUUUCACAGAUAAUUAACUCACAGAGAGGGAUUGAAAGCAGCAUCAGUCAGAUCAAGGAGUUUUUGAAAGAAGAGGGAGUGAACAAGGAACUUGCGUCGAAGAUUUUUUCUGCGCUGCUUGAGAACUACAGUUCUCUAUAUAAGCUUCCGAACUCUGAUUUGAUUGCACAGCUGUAUGGAGGCCUGAUUAAGGAGGAGAUAUUUCCAAAACCUUAUAGAAGGGUAGCGGUGGAGUAUAUCAAGGGCUCGCUGAAGUAUCCUGAGAAUGAUCGGGAGUAUUCGUUUGGAUUUAAGUGUCUGGAGGUGUUUCUACCGCAGCAUUCGUCGAUUCUUGGGGAGAUUGAGGAAAUUGAAAGUGUGCGUAGCAAUUUGGUGAAGAAGGAGCUUGUUCUUAUUGAUUCUGAGAUGCAUCCUACGGUUGGGUUUGAUGAUGUGAUGAGGUUGGUAUUUAAAGAGAGAUGUAAGAUGAAUGGAGGCGUGGAGAGAAUAGUUGAUGCGAUUGAGGAGAGAACAAAGAAGGCUGAGUUUAGUAAGGAGUGGAUGAAUGAGAUGAUGAAUGAGUAUGAUGUUGAUGAAGAGCAGGUGGUGCUAGCAAUGAUAUAUGAGAUUGGAAGCAAAAGAAGGAAAGUAAAUGAUAGAAUGAUUUGUGAGGUUGUAGAGAGGAUGGGGAAUGAGUUUAUGAUGCACUUUGUAAAGAGGAUGCUGGAGGUUAUGAAGAUAUUGCUGGAUUACAGAUGUGAAGGAGAGAUAGAGAUAUCUAAGGUAGCAGGAGAGAUUCUUGGGAAGCAGCUGCUUGAGAAGAACCGAAUAGUGACGCUUGAUCAGUUUGAUUUCAAGAGGUUUGUGGUGAAGAGUGUUGAAUGCCGGAGGAUAUUAUUUGGAGUUACGUUUGUGAGUAAUUUUUUGAAGCAGGGAAGAGAAGGGCUUGUAUUCAGACCUUGGAAUCCGUGGAUGAUGGGAAUAUUUGGAUUAUUGUGUGAGGUUUACAGCUGUACGCUAAGACCUGUGCGUGAGGAGAUCCGGGCGAUGUUUGAGUAUUUUGGAGUUGAGUUGAGUCCGAAGCCAUUUAAGAGUUUUGGGCUUAGAUCGAAGAAGUAUUUGGCGGAGUAUGUGGUUGAUGAGGGAGAUGUAGUGAUGAGGCAUGUGAUAUUCCUUGCGCUUGACCUGAGUGUUCGAGAGAUAUCACAGCCGAUAAUUGAGAAGGCGUGUUCAGUGGCAAUAAAGACAGGAAUGGAGCUAUUUAAGAGCGUGGCCGUUGAGAAGGGGAAUGAGUAUGUGUUAUUUAGAAACAUGGUUGUGAAUCUGACUAGGUUUCUGUGCUUUGUGUCUGCGCAGGAGCCAAUUAAGGCAUGCAUAUCUGGAAAUGUGUCUUAUUUUAUGAAGCUAUGCUCGCUGGAAUUUUCGACGGAAAAGGUGUUUAAGAUAGCUACUGAGAAUCAGGAGGUGUGUUGUGAGUUGAUACAGAAAGCGGGAGUGUCGCGAGUGAGUGAGUCCAUCAAUGCGUACUACAACGAGCUUGUGUACAGCACGGGUCGACAGCAGCAUGUGUGGUUUGAACUGUUGCAGGAUCCUGGACAUAUUGAGAAUAUUGUGAUCAAGCCUGUUGAGAAUGGGGAGUAUCAGGAGAUCAAAACACAUCUAGUGCAGUUGAGUAAGAAGAUUCCUUAUUCGAAGAAGAAUGUGAUUGCGGAUGAGUGGCAUGGAUUAGUAGGGGAUGACAGGGAGGCAGUGUUUAAUAGGAUUGUGAGGAGCAUUGAUGAGUAUGAGGAUAAGGACGAGGAGUGCAUAAGGCUGUGUAGAUACAUUACUGGGCACCUGAUCAAGAGCGGAAGCAAGGAUGACUUUUUGUUUGAGUGUAUGGAGAAGAUGUUUAAAGUGUCGCAUAAGACACAGAAGGAGGUGAUAGGAUGGCUUAUAUAUUCUAAUGAUCCACGGAAGUUCAGUGUGAAUCUUGUUAGUAAGUUUAUUGAACAUAAUCUGAUUAAUGUUGUUGAGUAUGACCAGGCAUUGUCGAAGAUUCCGAGCACUGAGACUAAUCUUGAUUUUGUGAUAAAUCUGCUGACGUCUUUGAUAACUGCUGAGGUGCAUGUAUGCACGGUGUAUGACUUUAUCUGCACUCUUGAGAUGCUUGCCGGACAUAGUGACAAUGGAAAGGUUUUUGACUUUUUCCAGAGGAUUGGGAACUUUAUGAUGCAUAUUGAUGGAAAGGGAGUGCCUGAGUAUGAGGAGUAUGUGAGGAUAAGCAGGUUUAGUGCGGUGCCUGAGCAACACCUUCCUGAGUUUAUGGAGCGUGUUGGAUAUCCUGAAGCGUUGGAUGUGAGAUCGGCAUUUAAGGUGUCUUGGGACCAUUUUAUAAGAUAUAACCGGAUUCCGACGCUGUACUGCUAUUUGAAGAUUGAUUUGUUGGCUGUGCUUGUGAAGAGCCGGCUUUAUGAAUGCCUGAAGGAGAGUCUUUGUGUAUUUGUUGAGGCUUAUCGAAAGAGGAAUUAUUUGUUUUUCAAGAUGUACACGCGAUUUGUGCUGAAGAUACUUGAUGAGAUUGAGGAGAAUGGAGUGAACCGGAGCCUUGUGUAUUCGUUUCUUGAGGUGUUGUAUCCUUCGAAGGUGCCUGCGUUUACGUCGUUUUUUGUGGAGAUUGUGAAUCACACGUAUGUACAGAGGUACUUUGAGUGUGAGGAUGGUCUAUGGAUUGCAAUGGAGGUGUUGAGAUGUGGGAUAUAUAGUGGAAGGCUUGCGCAUCGGAUCAACCAAGCAAUGGGCUUUUUGAAGACAACAGGAUGGGUUAGGACGUAUUCGUCGUAUCUGUCUUAUAGCUGUCCGCCAGAGUACCCGCAUCUGAAGAAUUUGAUAAAUGCAAGCAGGGACCGAGUGAUUGCAGCAGAGAACCAGAAUUCGUUCUUCAGAUUAAGGACGGCACUGCAGAACAAGACAUCUGUGAAGUUAACUGAUCUUGGGAUAGGAAAGAAUCUGUGGAUGUAUUUGAUUGACAACCUGAACGAGAUGGAUGAAAUAUCGAUGAUGGCGGUUGAGAGCAUUAAGUUUAUGAUGGAGAGGAAGAUGCAUGCGGAGGAGAUUCUGACGAUGCUUUGGAUCCGCAUGAAGGCUGGGGAUGUGCCUGAGGCGCUUUUAGCCUGCUAUAAUGAGAUGCAGAUGUUUGAUAGCAGCCGGGUGUUUUUAAGGACUCUUGAGGGUCAUGGACAAUAA